AUGGCAGAAGGGGAUCAGCCUCAGCAACAAGUUUUUCAUCUUUAUUUUGGAGGGAAAAUUAUUAGUGUCCAAGGAGAUAAUGCCGAGUCAAAGACUGAAAUUAGUGCGGGCAAAAUCAGCCGAAUUACGGUUCAACAGCCAGAUGCUGCACAUUCUACAUCAAUCAGCCCAACUCAGCCAGCAGAAAUAUCUAAAGGCAUCGAAUCUUUGAAUCUUUCACCGGAAGGAAUUCAGCCCGAUUCGAUUGCAACUCCAAUGCUAACAGGCGAUCUCAGAGUGCAGGAUCUUCACACGAAGACAGAUAGAAAACCAAAUCAACUUAACAAAACGCCACCUCGAACUCAGGAGCUCAAUCAACAACCAAAACAAACUGCAGCCGUUCCACGUUAUACGACUGCACCCAGUGUAAUUAAUGCUCCGAAGAUUUCAAUGCUUCGAAAAAAAUCUUCCAAGCUGUUCGACGAGUUCAAAUUUGAAGAAGCAGUCCCGAUCUUAGAAGAACUGGCAACCCUGCAAAACCAUCCGGAUUUGGAUACAAUACUUAUGAUGGUCGAGUGUUUUAUACAACUUGGCAGAGGAAACAAAGCGGAAAAGGCUAUUGGCAACUUACGAAAUAUCCUGAUGACGUCAUCCGUGACAAUUGCUGAUGACGUCAAAUACCUUGCGAUUGACUUAAUUUCGAAUUCCGCUUACAUUCGCGCUAUAAUAUUGCUUCGAAUAGCAAGUGAUAUCUACAAGGCUCGCACAAGAACACCCGAUGAUGUAAUAAAUGGGAUUAAACUUUGUGUCAGUAAAAUAGAUGAUGCUACAAGGCCAUUGAUAAAAGCCGGAGGUCGAUCUAAAAUUAUAGGAGUGGAUUACGGCAUAGAAUACAUGACAGAAAUGCUGGAUGAUAUUCGUGCAAUAGAAAACGCUGAUCCAGUGAAUAAAGCACUGAAAGAGGCUUGGUGCUCGAAUUACAUUGGAUAUAACUAUCACCUGGCAGGUGAAAAUGAGAAAAGUAUAAAAAUACGAAAGAAUGGACUGGAGGUUUUGGAGAAACAGUUCGGAUCAAACGCUUCAAAAUAUCAAAUCUACAGUGGAUUGCUGCAUAAUAUCGGUGUAGGGUAUUAUAAUCAGCAGAAAUAUUCAGAAGCGGAACCUUAUCAUAUUAAAGCCAUUGAAGCUGAACAAGAAGCUCUGGAUUAUGAGAAUGAGGCUGAGAAACAGAAAUGGAUUGAAUUGUCAAAAACUGGGCUCAAGAAAACUCGGGAACAAUUAACCUGA